AUGCCACUGUCCCCUCUGGAGCCAUCCCACGGUGUCCCUUUGUCCCCUCCCUCGGUGUCCCCCACCCCGGUGACCCCGGCUGUGCCCCCCAGGCUGCAGGACUUGGAGCGGGAUGAGGAGAACCUGGGAGAGAAGGAGAGCGUCCAGGAGAAGCUGAGCCUCAUCCACGGCUUCCUGCAGGCCGAGGUGCAGCUGCAGCUCAGCGAGCUCGAGGCCAAACUGCGCCGCGAGGAGCUCUCCGAGGAGCGUUACCUGGCCAAGGUGAAGGCGCUGCUGCACCAGGAGCUCUCGGCCCCCAAUGGCUCCGGGGCUCCCAACCCCAACGGGUGCCCCGGGAACGGCGCCUACGGCAGCGACGAGGACGAGGACGGGGCCAUGGAGCUCGAGGAGGGGGUGGCAGCGUCCUCGUCCCCGUCCUGCUCCGGCCCCGCCGGGCGGGCGCGGAAAUCCCGCAGGAGCCGCUCCAAUGGAGAUGCCAAAAAGUCUCCGGCCAGCUCCCGCGUCACCCGCAGCUCCGGCCGGCAGCCGACCAUCCUCAGCCUCCUGUCCAAAGGAUCCAACAAGCGGAAAUCGGAGGAGGUCAACGGGGAGAUGAAGCCGGAGCUGAUGAACGUCGAGAAGGAGGAGGAGGAGCUGGAGGAGAAGGAUCAAGAUGAGAAAAGGAUGAAAAUGGAAACCAAAGAUGGGUCGGAAAUCAAAGAUGAAAUCCCUCAGGUUAAAAUCACUGCUCCUGCUAAAACCACCCCCCCAAAAUGCCUCGACUGCCGGCAGUACCUGGACGACCCCGACCUCAAAUUCUUCCAAGGGGACCCUGACGACGCCCUGGAGGAGCCGGAGAUGCUGACGGACGAGCGCUUGUCCAUCUUCGACGCCAACGAGGACGGCUUCGAGAGCUACGAGGACCUCCCCCAGCACAAAGUCACCUCCUUCAGCGUUUAUGACAAGAGGGGACACCUCUGUCCCUUCGACACCGGCCUCAUCGAGAGGAACAUCGAGCUCUACUUCAGCGGCGUCGUCAAACCCAUCUACGACGACAACCCCUGCCUGGACGGUGGGGUGAGAGCCAAGAAGUUGGGGCCCAUCAAUGCCUGGUGGAUCACGGGCUUCGACGGCGGGGAGAAGGCGCUGAUCGGCUUCAGCACAGGAUUUUGCCGUGUCCCGGUGACGGUGACAAUGACAACGAUGACGUCACUGCUCCAUCCUCAUCCCAGGAUUUCAUUUUUCCCUCCCAGGUCGGAAAUCAAAGAUGAAAUCCCUCAGGUUAAAAUCACUGCUCCUGCUAAAACCACCCCCCCAAAAUGCCUCGACUGCCGGCAGUACCUGGACGACCCCGACCUCAAAUUCUUCCAAGGGGACCCUGACGACGCCCUGGAGGAGCCGGAGAUGCUGACGGACGAGCGCUUGUCCAUCUUCGACGCCAACGAGGACGGCUUCGAGAGCUACGAGGACCUCCCCCAGCACAAAGUCACCUCCUUCAGCGUUUAUGACAAGAGGGGACACCUCUGUCCCUUCGACACCGGCCUCAUCGAGAGGAACAUCGAGCUCUACUUCAGCGGCGUCGUCAAACCCAUCUACGACGACAACCCCUGCCUGGACGGUGGGGUGAGAGCCAAGAAGUUGGGGCCCAUCAAUGCCUGGUGGAUCACGGGCUUCGACGGCGGGGAGAAGGCGCUGAUCGGCUUCAGCACAGCCUUUGCCGACUACAUCCUGAUGGAGCCGAGCGAGGAGUACGCGCCCACCUUCGCGCUGAUGCAGGAGAAGAUCUACAUGAGCAAGAUCGUGGUGGAGUUCCUGCAGAACAACCGCCACGUCAGCUACGAGGACCUGCUCAACAAGAUCGAGACCACGGUGCCGCCGGCGGGGCUCAACUUCAACCGUUUCACGGAGGACUCGCUGCUGCGCCACGCCCAGUUCGUGGUGGAGCAGGUGGAGAGCUACGACGAGGCCGGCGACAGCGACGAGCCCCCGGUGCUCAUCACGCCCUGCAUGAGGGACCUCAUCAAGCUGGCCGGGGUCACCCUGGGCAAGAGGCGAGCCGUGCGGCGCCAGGCCAUCCGCCACCCCACGCGCAUCGACAAGGACAAGGGUCCCACCAAGGCCACCACCACCAAGCUGGUGUACCUCAUCUUCGACACCUUCUUCUCGGAGCAGAUCGAGAAGGACGAGCGCGAGGAGGACAAGGAGAACGCCACCAAGCGCCGGCGCUGCGGCGUCUGCGAGGUGUGCCAGCAGCCCGAGUGUGGCAAGUGCAAGGCGUGCCAGAACAUGGUCAAGUUCGGGGGCAGCGGCCGCAGCAAGCAGGCGUGUCUGCAGAGGAGGUGUCCCAACCUGGCGGUGCGGGAGGCGGAUGAGGAUGAGGAGGUCGAUGACAACAUCCCCGAGAUGCCCUCGCCCAAGAAGAUGCUGCAGGGCCGCAAGAAGAAGCAGAACAAGAGCCGGAUCUCCUGGGUUGGGGAGCCCAUCAAGAGCGACGGCAAGAAGGAUUAUUACCAACGAGUCUGCAUCGACUCCGAGACGCUGGAGGUGGGCGACUGCGUGUCCGUGAGCCCCGACGACCCCACCAAGCCCCUCUACCUGGCCAGGGUGACGGCCAUGUGGGAGGACAGCAGUGGCCAGAUGUUCCACGCCCACUGGUUCUGCCCGGGCUCGGACACCGUCCUGGGGGCCACCUCGGACCCUCUGGAGCUGUUCCUGGUGGACGAGUGCGAGGACAUGCAGCUGUCCUACAUCCACGGCAAGGUCAACGUCAUCUACAAGGCGCCCUCGGACAACUGGGCCAUGGAGGGCGGGCUGGACACGGAGAUCAAGAUGGUGGAAGACGAUGGGAGGACCUACUUCUACCAGAUGUGGUACGACCAGGAGUACGCGCGCUUCGAGAGCCCGCCCGACGCGCAGCCCACCGAGGACAACAAGUACAAGUUCUGCUUGAGCUGCGCACGCCUGGACGAGGUGAGGCACAAGGAGAUCCCCAAGGUGGCCGAGCCGCUGGAGGAGGCCGAUGGCAAGAUGUUCUACGCCGUGGCCACCAAGAACGGCGUCCAGUACCGGGUGGGGGACGGCGUCUACCUGCUGCCAGACGCCUUCUCCUUCAGCGUGAAGCCGGCCAGCCCGGCCAAGAGGCCCAAGAAGGAGGCGGUGGACGAGGAGCUGCACCCCGAGCACUACCGGAAGUACUCGGAGUACAUCAAGGGCAGCAACCUGGACGCGCCCGACCCGUUCCGCGUGGGCCGCAUCAAGAGCAUCUUCUGCAGCCUGCGCGGCAACGGCAAGCCCAACGAGGCCGACAUCAAACUCUGCAUCUACAAGUUCUACAGGCCUGAGAACACCCACAAGUCCACCAAGGCGAGCUACCACGCCGACAUCAACCUGCUCUACUGGAGCGACGAGGAGGCCACCGUGGAGUUCCGGGCGGUCCAGGGCCGCUGCUCCGUGGUCUACGGCGAGGACCUGACCGAGAGCAUCCAGGACUACUCGGCCGGCGGCCUGGACCGCUUCUACUUCCUGGAGGCUUACAACGCCAAAACCAAGAGCUUUGAGGAUCCUCCCAACCACGCCCGGAGCUCUGGGAACAAAGGGAAGGGGAAGGGGAAAGGGAAAGGGAAGGGCAAAGGGAAGGCGGCGAGCGCGGAGCGGAGCGAGCAGCGGCCGGCCGCGCCGCGGGCGCCCAAGCUCAGGACGCUGGACGUGUUCUCCGGCUGUGGCGGCCUCUCCGAGGGCUUCCACCAGGCAG